AUGAAAAGUAUUGAUAACAAUAGUAAUGUAUAUUCAUAUAAUAUAUCUGAAAAUGGCAAAAAAAUAAUAAGUAAAAGUAAAAAUCUUAUUGAAAAUAUAAAAAGAAAGUACAAAAAUAUCAAAAAUUUUAAUUAUGCUGAUAUAGAUAGCAAUUUUAAAGAACCAAAUAAAGAAAAAGACGAAGAAGAUACGGCAGUUGGAACAGAGCAAAUACGUAGCUAUAGCUCAUUUGUAAGUAAAAAUAAUACUAUAGAAAAUAUUAAAGGUGAAAACAAUUUGAUAAAUCAGCACAAUGCUUUAUAUGCAAAGGAUAAAGUUUCGAAUGACGAAAUUGCACAUACUAUAAAAACUAAUAAUAAUAUUUCGAAGCUUGUAGCUUCUAAUAAAAUUAGUAGUAAUACAAAAUUCAAAGGUGAUAAUUUAAUAACUAAUGAAAAUAGUAGUAAGUAUUCCACUUUAAAAAGUGAUAAUAAUUAUAAUAAAGUAAAAUAUAGUAGUAUCUCACAAAAAAAAGAUGUUAUUGGUAGUGUUAAUUAUAAGAGAAAAUUUUAUGCAUUUGGUGAUACAAAAAAAAAUGAACGUGAAGAUUUAGCAACGCAUGAAUCAUUACAUAUUUCUAAUAAAAAGAAAACGCAUGGUAGACACCGUUCUGAAAAUUCAGAAAAAAAAUUUAAAAAGGAUGCUAAAUUAAGCAAUAAUGACAAUGAGAUCUCAAAUGAUCGUGAUAAUAUAAAUAAAGAAGAAAACAAAAUGAAUAACUAUGAAUUAUAUAAAAACAACAUAAAUAGUGGCGAUUAUUUGAGAAAUAUGAAAGAAUUAAAUUUGAAAAAUUUGUUCAACAGAAAUGGAGAUGAUAAUAAUAAAAAAAAAGAUGAAGAAAACAAGGAAACAAAUUAUAAUUUUCCAUAUAGCAAUAGAAAUUAUAAACGAAAUGAUGAUAACAAUCAAGAGAAUGUAAUGAAAAAUAAUAUCAGAUAUAAUUCUGCAAAUGUGGAUAUACCUAAACAUAAUAAUACAAAUAAAAUUGACCUAAAUAUGCUAUAUAACAACAAUGUGAAUAAAUUAAAUAGUAAUUUAUUAGCUUAUAAUGAUACAAACAAAUUAAUUGAAUUACAAGAAAAGUAUAAAAAUAAAUAUCGUUAUGAAAAGGAUCUUCCUAAUCAUACAAAUGAUACUAAAGGAAAGUCAAAUAAUAAUCAAAUAAAAGGCAAUAACAUAUAUUUUAACAAUGCAAUGUUAUAUAAUAAUAACGCUAAUAAUAAUGACAUUAAUAAUAUUAAAACUGAUUAUAACAAUUAUAAUAUUAAUGUGAAUAAUAAUGAUGGUAAUGAUAUUAAUUCUAAAAAUAAUUUAGCAAGUAAUAAGCCGAACCAAAAUAAUUAUAUAAGCGAAAAAGGUUAUAUGACAGAAAAAGAGCUAGAUGUUUAUAGUAAUUUUAAUUUUAAUAAUGAUAAUAGAAAUAAAGACUCUAAUCAAAAUGAUAUAAUAAAUAAAAAAUAUAAAAAAUUAGAAAGCUUGAUGAAUAUUAAUAAAAACAACGAUGAUGAAAAAAGGAAAAUAAAUUUUAACUUGAAUGAUAUAAAAAAUAAUUAUUUUGAUAAUUUUUAUAAAAACAAAAACACUGAAAAUAAUGAAUAUAAGACUUAUAAGCCUAGACGCUCGAAUUCCAGUAAUGUUCAUACAAGAAAAAAUGAUACUGGGAAAAUUAAUAACUAUUUAAACUAUGCUGACGAUAUGCAAGCUAAAAUAAACUAUUAUAAUGAGGGGAAAAAUGGAAAUAUGAGAGCGUAUGAAAAAUAUAUUAAAAUGAAAAAUGAAAAUAAUAAUAUUCUUAUGAACAAUAACGCACAUAAUCUCACCAUGAAUGAUUUAAAUGGAAACGAAAAUGGUACUAUAGAAAUGGGAAAUAAUAGUGAGGUCAAAAAUACUAGCAAUAACAAGACAAAUGAUAACAAUUUAAAUAAUAUGAAUAAUAAUUACAAUGAAAAUACGUAUCAAAAUCGAAAUGAAAGCAACUCAAAAGUUGAGCACGAUUUAGGAAAAUUAAGAAAUUUCGAUUUAAAUGAUAUAAGAAAAAAACAUUUAAAUUUAUUUAAUAACAAAAUGGAAAACACAUCAAAUUAUACAAGUAAAAUGGAUCAUAUUAUGAAUGAUAAAAAUGAAAAUUACAAUUUUAGUUUUAUUAAUGAAAAAAAUAUAACUAAAAAUUUAACAAACAAUGAUGAUGAUGCAUUAAAUUUUGAUAAAAAUUUUCGAAAAAAGACGGAUAUUAAAAGUAUUGUAUGUGUAUGCCAAGCAAGUAAGCAAAUGGCUAGAUUACAAUUACAUAUUGAAGAAAGUAAACAAAUGCUAGAAACAGAAAAAAUGUUAUUAAAAAAGAAAAAAGAAAAUUUUGAAAAGAAAGUAGGAAUGCUAGCAGAUAAAGAAAAAGAAAUAGAUAAAAUUCAUUCACAAAUUAAAGAAAAAGAAUUAUCUAUUAAUAAGAAAAAUAAUGAAAUUGACGAAAAGGAGAAAUAUGUGAACUCCAUAAAAAGUAAAUAUGAUAAUGCACAAAAAGAGUUGUUAGAUAAAAUGAAUGAAUGCAUCCUUAUUGAAAAUAAAUGCAAAAGUAAAUUAUAUGAAUAUGAUGAAAAGUUUGGUCAAUUUAAUAAAAAAAUUAAAGAAAUUGAAGAGCGUGAAAAGGAAAUUGAACAAGAAAAAAAAAAUAUAGAAAAAAAAGAAAACAUGCUAAAUGAAAAUAGACGAGAGAUUGAUGAAGAAAAAUUAAUGAAUAUGAAAGAAAAAAAUGAACUUGAAAUGUUAAAAAAAGAAUUAGAAUCAUUAGAAAAAGAAAAGAAGAAAAUAAUUGAUUGCGAAUAUAACAAUUUACAAAAUAAAGAAGAAGAAUUAAGACGAAACGAAAGAAAUAAUUUAAUAAAAGAAAAUGAGCUAAAAAAUAGAAUAGAUAAAUAUAAUGAGUUAAUUGAUGAAUUAAAUAAAAAUAAAAAAGAAAUAGAGAAUGAUAAAAUGAAAAUGCUAAAUGAUAUUCAAGAUGAGAGAAUAAAAUUUUUAAAUGAAACAAAUAACAUAAAAAAAGAAAACGAAAAGGAAAUUAAUUAUAUGAAAGAAGAAAUAAAAAAGGAAAGAAUUUCAAUGAUUAAUGAUGUCGAAAAGAUGAAAAGAUUAAUGCUAGAAGACAUUGAAAAUACAAAAAAUAUCAUGUUAGAAGAUAUGGAAAAAGAAAAUAUAAAAUUAAAAGAAGAAAUAGAAAAUGAUAAAAGAAUGAUGAUAAAAAACAUUGAAGAUGAAAAGGAAAAAUAUAAAACAUAUUUAGAAGAAAAAUUUAAUGAAAAUUUAGAAAAGGAAAAAUCAGAAUUGCAAAAAAAAUAUGAUGAUGAAAAUAACAGAUUGCAGGCAGAAAUUAAUAAUGAGAAAAAAAAAAUUAAUAAAGAGAGAGAUAAUUUAGAAAAACAGAAAAAAGUAUACGAAGAUGAAUUUCGUAACAAAUGUGAAAAAUAUGAAGAGGAUAUAAGAAAAAAAUACAAUAUGCUAGAAGAAGAAGAAAAUAAUAUGAAAUAUCGUAUCAUGAAAGAACAAGAAGAAUUAGAAAAUUACAAAAAAAAUGUAUAUCUAGACAUAGAGGAAGAAAAAGACAAAUUAUAUGUUCAGCAAGAAAAGAUCAAUUUAGAGAAAGAAAAUUUAUUAGUAGAAAAGGAACAAAUUGAUAUUGAAUUAAAAAAUUUUAAAAAUUUCAAAGAAAAGGAAGAAAAUGAUAUUAAAAUCCGUAUCAUAAAUUUAUCUCAACAAAAAGAAGAUUUAAAUAAAGAAAAGGAAAAUAUAGAAAAAGAAAAAGAUAAAUUGGAAAAAAUAAAAUACGAUUUAGAUGCAAGAGAAGAAGGAUUAAAUAAUGACAAAAUUCAAAUGGAAAAAUCUCGAAAACUAUUUGAUGAACAAUUAGAAAAAAUAAAAAAAAAUAAAGAAGAAUUAUUGAAUUAUGAUAGAGAAUUAAAAACGAAGGAAAUGGAUUUAAUUGAAAAAGGUAAAGAAAUAAAAAAUAAAGAAAAUGAAUUACAUAAAAAAAAAGAGAAAUUAGACUCAUUGGACAAUGAAUUAAAAAAUUAUAGUUCAAAAUUACAAGAUAGAGAAAAAAAACUAAAAGAAAAAAAAACUGAAUUACAAAAAGUCAAAGACCAAUUAGUUGAUUACAAAAACAGUUUAAAAGAAAAGGAAAUACAAUUCCAAAUGAUUGAAAAAAGAGAAAAGGAAUUGCUAGAUGAACAGACAGUUAUUCAAAUAGAUCGAAAUAGUUUGGAAGCAGAAAAAAAACAAUUUUUAUUAAUAAAAGAGAAGCAUGAAAAAGAUACUGAAUAUAUACAAGAACAAUUAAAAUUAUUACAUGAACAAUUAAAAAAUAAAGACAAAUCUCUUAAAGAAAAAGAAAAUGAAAUUAAUUUAUUAAAUAAAUUACAAGAUUGUAGAAGUAAAAAUGGAAAGGGCGCUAUUAUAUCAUUAAAAAAUUAUGAUAAUAGAAAAUUAAAUAUGAAUUUAUCCAGAAUGAGUGUAUCAAAAAAUAGAGUCAAAGCUAAAGCAAUUGGAAAAAACAAAUUUGAUAUUAUUAGAAGAACAAGAAGAAAAAGUAUAAAUUACAAUUACAACAAUCUCGAAAUUAAUAAUAGUAUACAAUACAUAGAUAGUGUGAUAAAUGAAAAUUUUAAAAAUAAACCUUUUUUAAAACAUAAAAAUAAUAACUUAGAAUUAUCAAAUGAAAAUUUUAUGCAAGAGCAAGGAAAUAAUAAUAUGAAUUUUAAAUAUGCAAAUGAUACUUAUGACAAUAAUAUGAUUGAUAAAAAUAACAGAAAUAUUUCUAACAACUCUAUAAAAAACAUUACGGAUUAUGGGGAUAAUGUCGAAAAUAUUGAUGAGCAAGAAAGAGAAAACCACAAUCAAAACAUAUCAAAUGAAAAUGAUUAUUAUAAAAAUAAUUAUAAUAAUGGAAACGAUAAUAUUAACAAUGCUAAUGGAAAUAAGAAUAAUGGUAAUAAAAGAAAUAAGAAAAAAUACCCCCCAAAACCAAGAGCAAAUCUUGAAAAGGAUUCAUAUAGCGUGAAUAAUGGCAGCAAGUCCGAACGAAAUGAUAAUUUUAACGAGCUAUAUAAUGAUAAUACAACAAAUUAUAAGAAAAAGGAAAAAUAUGAUAAUGAUAAUAAUUACGGUGACCGUAUGAAUUAUAAUAAUAAUGAUAAUCAUAAUAAUACAAAAAAUGGAAACGUUUAUGAAAAUAAUAAUAACGUUGGAUAUAACAAUAGCUAUAAUAUAAAUAAUAUGAACACAAAUAUAAAAAUGGGAAAAAGCGAUUUAAAUGAUACAUUAAAAUCUAAAAAUGGGUUACGCUUAAAUUUUCAAGAAAACAAAGACCAAGAAAAUAAUAAUAUGCUAGGCUCAUUAAAUGUAAAUAAUUUAAUUGAAUCAGAUAUUAUUGACACAAAGAAUAAUUAUGGUUAUUAUCCAGAUAAUCAUAAUGACAAAUAUGAGGAAAAUGAGUCUAAUAGAAAUAUUAUGUGUAUUAAUAAGAAUAUUAAUUUUAUAGAUAAUGAUGUGAAUAAUAUAAAUAAUAACAUAAGCAAUAUAAAUAGCAAAUUGUAUAAAAUGAAUAGUAAUGCGUAUGAGGAAAAUGAUUCGUUUGUGGGUGAGCAUAAUAACAAAAAUCGUAAUAAGCAUAGUGGUCAAAACAACAAUGAAAAUGGAGUGUCUAAUAAAAACCAGAACGAAAAACCAUCUUUAAAUCGUCUUGAUAGUUUAGUAAAUCAAAACAUGCAAUCCGUUAAUCAAAUAUCAAGCUUAAUGCAAAGUAGCAAAAAAACUAAUAACAAUACAAUGAAUAAAUUAAAUUCAAAUAUUAAAAAUUAUAAUUCAUUAAAAGAUACAAAAAGAAACAAUAAUGACAACUACUAUGAUGAUAAUAAUGAAUCACCAAAAAAAGAAGAUAAUUUUAAUGAAUUUCUAGAAGAACUAAAUGAUGGAAAAUCUUAUAAUUCUAAUUUUAUUGAAAAAGGAGAUGAUGAUUUUUAUUACAAUAUGGAAAAAUCUUUGAAUGAUAAAAGUAUGAACGAAACUUAUGAUCAUAAGAAUCGAAAUAAUUAUAACACAAUAAAUAAAAAUAUGGAUCGAAAAGUGCAUACAUUAAAAAAUAAUACUAAUAACACAAAUUUUGUUACUACCAACAUUACUUCUAACCAUAAUAAUGAUAAUAAUACAAAAGAUAAUGUACAUGCUAAUAGAAAUAAUAAUGAAACGCGAAAAGAUAGCAUCAACCUAUCAUCAAUGCCUGGUAAUAAUAAUAAUAUUAAAAUAGGCAUGGAUAAUAAUGGAUAUAACAGUGAUAGCAAUAUAAUGAGGAAUCAAAACUAUUUAACAAAUGAAAAUUAUAAUUCAAGACGAAUGAAUUCGCAUGCCAUUGUGCAGGACAACUACAAUAAGCAAAGGGUGCACAAAAAUAAUAACGAAAACGAUUACACAAAUUAUAGAAAAUAUGGAAUGGAAAAUAGAAAGGAUGAACUAUUAGGUAACAAUUUUAAUAGAGCACAAAUUGUGAGAAAUCAUGAUAAUGAAAAUAAAAAUGUGGAUAUACAUAAACAGAACAAUAUCAAUGAUAAUAAUAAAGUGAAUACAUGGAAUCAAAAUGGAAACAAAAAUACAAAUAUGGUGGGAAUAAAAGGUUUUAUGAGAGAAUUACAAAAUGAAAAGGAUUCAUAUAACAUUGGAGCAAAUACAACAGAAAGUAAUAACAGAAAUAAUGUGCAAAAUCAUAAAAAGUAUAAUACCAAAUAUAUAAAUUCUGUAAAUCCUUCUGGCCCAGAUGCGCAAGCUAAUAGUAACAAAAUCAUCGAACAAUUAGACAAGACAUUAAUGAACAAAUCCAUUGUGAUGAAUAAGAAUAAAAAAAAAUUUUAA